AUGAAGAGAAAAGAACAAGAUGGGAAGGCAAGUAGGAAUGGCGACCAAGAUCUAAAUGUGAAGCGAACUCGAUCAAGUAAUGCAAUAUCAGUACAUCAUUCCACGGUUGAUGCCGUCUCUCCAGAUUCGAAAAACGGGAAAGGAACUCGAACACUUGCAGUGGAAAAAGAGAACGAUGUUGAUUCCGAAGAUUCUGCAGAGAAUGGCGAAUCAAACCCGGUCCGCAACAAUGCUGUACUAUCAAAAUCUCAGUCUGAGGAUGAUGGUUCGCCGAGUCGUCUAACCUUGAGCCCUAUUACAGCUCAGAAUCAGUCUACUCCUAGGUCUAUAAGGCAUGGAAAUAAACUAUUUGCAACUCCCGUAAAGGCCAAAGGUAUAACUGGAACAGAUGAAACUCCGCGCCUUCGUCGCAACAUCGAUAGAUCAGCUAGAAGGAAGAGUACUAGGACACUCAUUGAGCGUACGGUACUUGGCAAUACAAGCGAUAAUGAUGACGAGGAAGAAGAUAUUGCGAACCAAAUUUAUGAUUCAGAGGGUGAUGAUGAAGCGGAAAUAGAGAAUGAUACAAAUCAAGUAUCUGAAGCUAUAGGCGAAUCAUCUACACCUUCCAAAAGGGGACGAGGGCGAAUCAAAGGAUCGAAAACUCGACAGAGAUCUUUGACACCACCUCAAGACCUUUCGUCUCACGAACUAUACUUCUCUCAAAAUAGGCCUGGAAGGUCCAAGACUGCAAAUUCUAAUUUGUCUUCCUUGGCGUUACUCGACCAUGAAGAGUAUUUUAGUCUUGCCGGCAGCUACAAAGACCAGCAUGAAGACGAUAUGAAUUUCUUACAAGAUGUGCAUGCCAAAUCUUUCAAUCAAUGGCAAUUUGAGCUCUGUCAGGACUUCAACAUUUGUAUCUACGGUUGGGGGUCAAAAAGGUCUCUUCUCCUCAAAUUUGCUGAGCAUAUCUACAGCAAAAUGGUUGACCAUUCCCGAGAGAAAAUAGUCGUGGUAAAUGGUUAUGUACAAAACCUCACAAUUCGAGAUCUUUUGAAUACAAUAGCCGGCUCUAUUUCUGGCAACGGCACGAAAAUAGGUUCACAGCCAGCAGAAAUGUUUGAAAACCUCACGAAUUUACUUGAUGAAGACAAGACUCAACAUGUGACUCUCAUUAUACAUUCCCUUGAUGGAUCUGCUCUCCGUCGCCCUGCAUCUCAAAUGAUACUCUCACGUUUGGGUUCUCACCCACAGGUACAUUUAGUUGUGUCUGUAGACCACCCUUCCUUUCAUUUGCUUUGGGAUAGUUCACUUCGUGCAGCGUUCAACUUUCUAUUUCACGAUUGCACGACCUUUCUGCCUUACACAGUAGAGGUUGACGUUGUAGACGAGGUGCAUGACCUUCUUGGAAGAAGCGGGCGCAAAGUAGGAGGUAAAGGAGGUGUAGGCUUUGUGCUUAAAAGUCUGCCGGAAAAUGCAAAGAAUCUUUUCAGGGUUUUGGUAGGUGAACAGCUUGCAGCUAUGGAUGAUAUUCGCGUAGAUGAACAUAUUGAUGGUGAUGAUGAGGAUGGAUUACAUGGAUCUACUGGUAGGAAGAGUGAACCUGGUGUGGAAUACAGGGUGCUAUACCAAAAAGCUGUGGAGGAGUUUAUUUGCAGCAAUGAGAUGAACUUCAGGACAUUGCUGAAAGAAUUUCAUGACCACCAAAUGAUAGAGAGUAAGAAGGAUGCUUUGGGGAUAGAAAUGCUAUCUGUGCCCUUUAGAAAAGAGGAAUUAGAGAAUAUUCUUGAGGAUAUUGUAUCAUAG